AUGGACACUGUCAGGAAUCUACCUGUGAAGAUCCAACCAGGUUUGUUAAGACCUUUGGCAUACCGAGUUCUGUCAAAGAAAUACGGGUUAAAUAUCAAGUCUGAUGGGCUGGCAGCGUUGGCAGAGUACAUUGGCACGAGAUUUGGCAUCAACUGGCGAAAAGACAGCGGCACAUUUCAGUUUCUAGAGCAGUUUGCUGCGAUUUGGGAACAGCAAGAACGAGGACUUUUCAUCGACAAAAAGGGUGUCGAUGAGGUUAUUCGCGAGGUUAAAGAGCGUUCAAGGCCUCCUGAGGUAAAAGCAGCUGCAAACGCCAGAAAACCAGAAUCAGACGUCUCUAAGCCCAACACCCUGGACAGCUUUUUGACAGGCAAAACGAAUCCGAGCAUUGAAAACGCUUUAGAGGCAGGAACACAGUCCGAAAUUUUAGUCGAAACACAAGUAGAAAGCUCAGUAUCACCCCUGCGAAGCGAUUCUUCAGAACCGUCGCUCGACUGGCAGGCAUACUACAAGUUCGUCGACGCACAAACACACCAGAACUUUAUCUACGAUUUGACCACCAAACAAUAUCGACUCAGACCUGCAGCGGCCAAGAAGCAAAUUUUGCCGCAUGUGGAAACUAAUGUCUCGCUGUUCUCGACGCGCUACAAUAUCCUGAAGGACCGGGUUCUGCGAAAUGAGAUGUUUCAAGGCGGCGAUGAACUGUUCAACCCGCUGUCGUCAAUGGCCAGUUUUGGAGGCGCAAACGAUGGUAAAACCUCGCAAACCAUGACCAUCACUCAGAUCAAGAACCUGCUGGGAAGAGACGGCAAAAGUUUUCUACUCCUGGGCCUUCUUCGACCCAACGCCAAGGGCAACUGGUCACUCGAAGACCCUUCCGGGUCCGUGGAGCUGGAUUUGAGUCAAGCAAUACCUGCAGAAGGCACGUUCUACGUUCCAGGUUGCGUGGUAUUGGCAGAAGGCAUUUACUACUCUGCCGCUCGGAAGUUUUUUGUAGCAUCUGUGGCUCCCCCGCCCGGAGAGAGAAGAGAGGAAACUUUGGAGGCCGUUGGCAAUUUGGACUUUCUAGGAGUUCACCAAUUGUCGAGCUCAAGCUACACAUCAAGAGUGGACAAGGACCUGAAAAUUAGGCUACAUUUACUUGAAAGGGAACUGACAGAUCAUAGGAUUGUGAUACUUGGAGGCGAUAUGUUUCUGGAUCAGCUUCAUGUGAUGGAGGCAUUGCGCAAAGUCUUCACGAAAUUAGACAACGACCCGCCCAUAACAAUAGUACUCAUGGGAUCAUUUACGUCAACACCUGUAUUCCCUGUCAUGAGCAGUAAAAAUAUCAGUGCCACCACUGCUUACAAGAAUUCAUUCGAUGCACUAGCACUUCUACUAUCGAAUUUCGAGAGACUAAUAAACGAAACGACUUUCGUAUUUGUUCCUGGGGCCAACGAUCCGUGGACAUCAAUGGUGAGUUUAGGCUCUACAGGGUUGUGGCCACAACGACCCAUUCCAGGAAAUUUCGUUCACCGAAUCGAUAGAAUUUGCAAGAAAGUGUUCUGGGGAUCCAAUCCCACUCGUUUCGCGUACCUCUCUCAAGAACUGGUCCUUGUGAGAGAUGACUUGAACGCCAGGUUCAAGAGACACAAUAUUUUAUUUCCAGCAACACUGGAAAGCGACGACGAAAAUGACGACGAGGGCAAUAGUCUUGCGCGGGACUUCUCAAUGCAAAAAAUCCGCGAUGAUGAGUAUGAAAGUAUAAACCAGUUGGUGAAAUCUCAGGAUCAAUUAUCGGCAGGAGUGCAAGAAGCCCGUAAACUGGCCAAAACCAUCUUGGAUCAAGGUCACAUUUCUCCGUUUACCACUUUCAUCAGACCGGUAGUAUGGGACCUAGACCAUACGUUACAACUUUCUCCUAUACCAACAGCGUUGAUUCUAUGCGACACUACCGCUUCCCAAUUCGAAGUGACCUAUAAUGGGUGUAAGACCAUAAACACUUCGACAUUCAUACACAAACGAACAGCGAGGUACGUCGAAUACAGACCGGCUCUUAGAAAAAUGGUGCAGGAGGAAAUAUAUUUCUGA